AAAAAAAAAAAAAAAAUUCAACAUGGCGUCCAAUCCUCCAAAGGCAUGCUGCACAACGGGCGUACUUCAUACAGGGACCCCGACUGGUAAAACGAUAAAGUACGGAGCUUACAGUGGCUAUCUCGCCGUUGCGCCUCCAACGCAGGCCCAUCAAGAUGUUGCGCUAAUGAUGAUGCCGGACAUUAUGGGCAUCUACGAGAACUCCCAGUUACUGGCGGAUGCAUUUGCCCUGCGUGGCUAUACGUGCCUCGUGGUUGAUGUCUUCAACGGAGAUGCUCUGAAACUGAACACCAUCAUGUCCGGAUUCGACGUCGUCGGCUGGAUCAAUGAAGGCCGCGACAACAGGGGCCCGCACACCACUCAAGAGGUCGAUCCCAUCGUCAAGGCAGCAAUUCAAUACUUGAAGCAAGAGCUAGGGUUUAAAAAGCUUGGUGCUGUCGGGUAUUGUUUUGGAGCCAAGUAUGUCGUCCGCCAUUUCCAAAGUGGAAUCAACGUUGGGUUUAUUGCCCAUCCAUCAUGGGUGGAUGAAAAGGAACUGGCAGGCGUCACGGGGCCGCUCUCCAUUGCCGCGGCGCUCAACGAUGAUGUUUUCCCGCCUGAGAAACGGCACAAGAGCGAGGAGAUUCUCUUAGAUGCUGGCAGUCCGUUCCAGAUCAAUCUGUUCUCGGGGUCGGACGUGGGGCAUGGAUUUGCAAUUCGUGGGCACCUCACGCCUGAAACCAGAUUUGCGUACGAUCAGGCCUUCAAUCAGGCUGUGGACUGGUUUGACAAGUUCUUGAAGUAGGAAUUAGAUUCAACGAAGACAAUAGUUAAUUGAUACUUGAGAGUUAUUCUGUUGGUUAUCUGAAAUGAUGGCUCGCGUGAUGUUGAGUCCUUGUUGGAAUUUCACGUCUGGAAGGGAUGUCUUGUAUGAAUAUAUAUAUAUAUGUUCAUGACAAGGGCAGAUUCAACGACACACUAGCUCUUCUUAAGCCGUAGCAAAGGACAGGUGCGAAAAACAAAGCAAUGCCAUUAGAUGUCAACAGGGUGACCAGGAGCAGGCAAUGU